AUGGCCUAUUUACAAAAGGCCCAAGUGCUUUUGAGUAACGCCGCCAAAGUUUCAAUCACGGACAUGGGGCUGUGGACUCCUCCAAGACGGGUAUGUGGGCGAGAAGAGAGCCAGGAUUCUGGCCGCAUGGGGGUGGCCUUCGAGAGAACAAGAUUAUUGUACUACUGGCAGACAUGUGAUUUGAAGGUCUGCUUAUGCGGAUGGGGCGGUCCUCAAUCUAUGUUGCUGACUGCGUGGAUCAUCGCCUGCACCUUGGCAGCGAGCCCGAUGCUGUACCAAGAGGGCGUCCAAUCCUGCCGAGGCUGUUGGCCUCUGUUGUGUCGGCUAGCGCACGAUCAUACCACUAACGAGAUAUUUUGA